AUGACGCGGUCAAGAACAACAGGAGCCCUUGGAAUCCUUGAACAGCUAAGCACCACUGCCGCCACCACUACAAGAUCCACCGCAGCUGCUACCAACGUUCUAUCAGUUGCCAAAUCCAGUACAAAUGGAAAUAAAAGGCCACCGAUCAUCAUUUAUCCAACUGUUACACCGGAAUCAAUAGUCGUGCCCAUCGUUUCCUGCAUAUUCGGAUUUCCAUUGCUUGCAUUGACUGUCAUAUGUUGUCUUAGGCGAAGGGCGAAACUGGCAAGGGAACGAGCAAGGCGUCGCAACUGCGAAUUGGACCGGGGCGAGCUGUCGGUGGUGCGUCUUUCGCCAGUGAAGAGCAGGGGACGCGCCGUGAGCCUGGUGCGAUCGCCGCGCCCCCUGCCCACUCUUGAGCUGGACACCGUGCUGGAAGAACGCUCUGAUCCCGAACAGACAACGCUUUCGCAAGUGGAUAUAACGCCAGAUCGGGAGGUGGGGACGAUACUGUUCGGUGCUAUGGGCGCGCUCGGCGCUCGUUCGCCGCUCUGGGCGGCCCUCACCAGCCAACCCCUCGAUGAGGAUGAUGCCGAGGAGCCCUCUUACGGCAGC